AGGCCAGCUUGGGCUAUAAAGUAAGACUGUCUCAAAAAAUAAAAACAUAAAAACCAGCCUAAAAUAAAGUAGAAUGCAAGUGCUGUUGGUGAUAUAGUAAGCAUUCUACCCACUCCUCAGCCACAGCCAAUCUCAGCUGGAUUUUUGUUUGUUUGUUUGUUUGUUUGUUUUUGGUGGUGGAGGAUUGAACCUGGGGCCUUACACAUGCUCAGCAAGGGCUGUACCACUGAGCUACAUCCCUUGCUUUUCAGCUGGAUAUUUUUGAGGAUUAAAAGAAGGGCUAUGUUUUAAUUUGGGCAAGAGGAAAAACAAGGUUAGAAAUCUCACAGCAGACUGGCCCUUCAUAAGUUCCAUUAAUUAAAGCACAAAUCACAGCCCCUGGGACUGGACCUCUGGAUUUGAAGUUUCGCUUCGAAAAAUUUGUUGAAUGUGCUGUGAUGUCCCAGGUAAUUGGACGUUCCAGAGGAACAUGGUUUCUUCCAUAAGCAGACAGAGCAGGGAUUCUGUGGGUAAAGGGGCAGCUGUGUUGUUUCCUACUUUUAUCCUUUGGCUUUUGAUAUCCAGUCCUGGCUCCUUGGCUUGCUGGGAUCCCAUGUGCCAUUUUUCUGUCCAGAAUCCUAGUAUUUUAUGCCCCAUCUCUGUGACCUGUUGAGUAUUCUAGACCAAACUGCCUCUUGGCCUGGUGAAAAGUGCUUUGUUAAGCUUCCAAGUUUGUACUGUUUUCUUUCAGUUCAAAAAAAAAAACUAGUUAGGUUAACCUGGGAGAAUGAGUCCUCAGCUGCUGAGGGACAAGUGUGACUCAUUUCCUGUUUGCAGAUCCUCACGUGUUCUCCCAGGGACUUGGUCCUUCAGUUUACUCAGUUUGCUUCUCAGCCUUUCUGUGGACCCUGGGCCCUAUUUCUACUUUACCAAUGAAAGAGAUGACUCAGUGAUGACCAAAUGAAACACUUUUGUUCCUGGUGAAUUUCAGGGUGGCAUUUUGUGCACCGUGCGUUGUUUUGUUUGUAAAGGGCAGAGCUAAGACAACACUGUCCAUGCCUGUCUGUCUAUCAUGAUGUAGCCUGUAUUUUCCCAGGGUCCUUUUUAGGGUGAUUAAGGCUUCCCACUGUGAUUUAACAGUGUAUAAAGCAUGCUCACACCAUUUGAACCUAACAGCUAAGCUAUGAAGUAGGCAGGGUGGUUAUUAUUACCACUUUAUAGCAUAAGAAGCAGGUCAAGAAAAGCAGAAUACAGUAUUACCUUGAGGUUGCUGUUUGUUUACCUCCUUUCUCUGAGCCUUGGUUUCUUCAUAUUUAAGAGUGGAUGAGUAGGUGAUUGCAGGUCUUUUCAGGUCAGUGUAUAUGGUCCCAUCCAUGAUUCUGGAAUAAGGCAUGGAAACUAGUAGCCAGUAUGAACAAGUUGAAAGAUCCAGUAUACAAUAUGAGGACCAUAGUUUAAAAUAGUGUGUUAUAUUCAGGAGUUUUGCUAAAUGAGUAGCUAACAGCUGCUAGGAUGAUAGAUACGUUAAUGUGUUCCAUUAUAGUGACUAUUUUACUAUAUAUCUGAUGUGUAAAUAUAAACAGUAAAAUGUAUUUUUAAAAAGCCAAAACACUGGCAAGUUCCCAACGACAUAAUGAGGUGUGCCUCAUAGGGCUGGGAAGGUGACAAACUUGAUGCUUAAUAGUGUAAGGAAGGCCUCUCCCUGAUAGAUUUCCUCCGGAGGCGCCCGGGUGGUGGAGGAAGCAGGAUGCCCUCCCUGGAUGCUGCAGGUGCUGGUGAUUCCCUGAGCAGAUGCUGCAGGUGGGCGCCGAGUGACAGGGAGUGGCCCCACUGCCGGCAAUAUGGCAGCUCCUAGCUGGGAAGCCCGGCCAGCUUCCGGGUUCCGUACCGCUGGCCAGGCUACUUCCGGCAGCACAAUGGCUGGGUUCCCGGGACUCGAACGGAAGUUCCGGCGGGGGCGGCUGAGGGGGAAGAGUGUGUGUCUGUGGGAGAAAGAGGAGAAUUGCCCGAGCGGUUGCGAAAGCCCCAGGGAGCGAGGCCCAGCCUGCAGGGAGGCCUGCAGUGUAUGUGUGGUAACACCAUGUCUGUGCCCCUGCUCACCGACGCUGCCACCGUGUCUGGAGCUGAGCGGGAAACGGCCGCAGUUAUUUUUUUACAUGGACUUGGAGACACAGGGCACAGCUGGGCUGAUGCCCUCUCCACCAUCCGGCUCCCUCACGUCAAGUACAUCUGUCCCCAUGCGCCUAGGAUCCCUGUGACACUCAACAUGAAGAUGGUGAUGCCCUCCUGGUUUGACCUGAUGGGACUGAGUCCAGACGCCCCAGAGGAUGAGGCUGGCAUCAAAAAGGCUGCAGAAAACAUCAAGGCCCUGAUUGAACAUGAGAUGAAGAAUGGGAUCCCUGCCAAUCGAAUCGUUCUGGGUGGCUUUUCACAGGGUGGGGCCCUGUCCCUGUACACAGCCCUCACCUGCCCGCACCCUCUGGCUGGCAUUGUGGCAUUGAGCUGCUGGCUGCCUCUGCACCGGAACUUCCCCCAGGCAGCCAACGGCAGUGCUAAGGACCUGGCCAUCCUUCAGUGCCAUGGGGAGCUGGACCCCAUGGUGCCAGUACGGUUUGGGGCCCUGACAGCUGAGAAGCUCCGGUCUGUGGUCACACCUGCCAAGGUCCAGUUCAAGACAUAUCCAGGUGUCAUGCACAGCUCCUGUCCCCAGGAGAUGGCAGCUGUGAAGGAAUUUCUUGAGAAGCUGCUGCCUCCAGUCUAAGCAGAGUUGCUGGCUCCCAGUACAGUUCCCCAGCUCACAGGGGACCCAGCAAGCAAUUGUGGCACCAUCUUGGAUCUGAGCCGGUUGAGCCCUUGUUCCCCCGCUCCCCGCCCCAUCCUCUUCCCACAGGCCUCUGGGGCAAGCAGCCAAGGCCUGGCUGGGCCUUCCUUCCUGGCCUUGGCCACCUGGUAGUGUGCAGCAGGGUGGGCUGCUUCCUUACCCUGCUUCCCCGGAGGCGGGCUGGCAGCAGUAUUGGAGGGGCUGUAGGCAGCGGGAGAAGGGGCCCAGCCGCUGACCCACUCACUCAGGACCUCAUUCACUAGCCCCGCUUUGGGCCCCCUCCUGCGACCUCAGGGUUUGGUCCUUGGGGCCCUCCCAGGCCCCACCCCAGUGAUUCUGCCUGGAUAAUCAUGUGUCUCUCCUGCCUCACUGCAGCUGCUUCUCAAUCAUGAAUGUUUCCAUGGCCCAGGGCCCCUUGCUGCUGUGUGCUGCCUGCCCUAGGGCAGGAUGUGGGUGAGGUGGAGCCCUUCAAGGCCCUUCCCUCAGCAGCCCCCGCUUGGGGGCUGGGCCCUGCCUCCCCUUACCCUUCUCCCUCGAAGGCCUGGAGCCUGCAGGGCUGGACUGAGGCUCAAGGUCUCCCCUGGCUGUCUCACCCCCACUGUGUCCCCACUCUAGGGCCAGGGAGGCAGUGAGGGAGGAGUUGUGUCUCGUCUUCUGUCUCCAUGUGGUUUCAGGUGUUUUUCUUGUUGUGUCCUGGACUCCGAUAAAAUUAAAAGAAAUUGCUCCCUCAA